UGGCGUGCCUGCAAAUCUAAUAACAUGGAGUCCUGUGCUUGGCGCCUGCAAGGGAGCCAUGCAAAACAUCCCAAAACAGUCUAGAGUGACACCAAAAGAGCAGAUUCGUGCAUGUAAGCAGCCGGGGGCUUGUAGCCAGCAUCGUCUCCGGGGCGUCAAGCUUCUUGCUCGGUCUUCAACUAUGACAAGCGUCGCUUAGGCUGCGACUCCUUCCCCUGGAUCCGCAAACCAGGCCGAUUAUCAAAGACAAGGAGGAGUGCACAAUGUAGGCAGGCUGGUCACCAGUGGGACUCCAUACUGUUCUCUGAGUGGGAGGGGCAAUGGAGUCUGAAGAGCGACCCCUGACCCCAGGGACCAGCUAUGUCCCCCCAUCUUUGAACUCUGCACAAAACCCUGUCACCUCAGCCUUACAGCAGUCCUCACGUUCUUCCGAUGUGAGCGACGUCCUGACUUCUGCUAAAGGCUCACAAUGUCACGAUGGGGAUGAGGGUCCCGAGCAGACCGAGGGCUCUGAGCACAGUGAAGACCCAGCGAGGAGUGCACAGAGGAGUUUCAAGUCCUCAGCCUUUCCUUCCUCCUUGAGCUGGGACUCUGACUCGGAGAAAGAAACACUCGAUGAGGAGGAGCUGCAGCAUUUUUCUAACCCUCAUGGUCUGGCUGCUCACAGCCCAGGAUUUCUUUCCUCCGGACCCAGAAUUGAUUGUGAGGAUGACAGAGAACCUGGAAAAUUACAGCACUUAGAGCAAGAGGCUGGGCUGUCUGUCUCUGGGGAGGUGUGCAAGGAAAGUAAAGAAAGCACAAAAAGAGAAGAACCAAAUAUAUCUCAUCCUGGCCCAAAAGAGUUAGGAGGUAGCCAUGACUGUAACAUAUCUGUGGGAGCUGAGGUCAUCCUCUGCAAAUUAAAACCAAAUGACACUUCCCUGAUGGAGGAGGACACAGACAAAAGGGAGGGAAAGAAAAGCCUAGAGGGAGAAGAUAGCAAGGAGCGUGAGAGGGAUGUGUACACCUUCACGGGAGACUCUGACCCUGAGAGUUCCCCACCUGCUCCGUGGACUCACUGUACACUCUUCCAGAGGUGCAGGAAGAAGAGAGUCUUACUCACGCCAUUCUCUGCAUCCUUACCACACACAUCUCCUGAGGCCGGUACGCAAGCAAGUGGGAGUCCACAAAGAUCAACAACUACUGAUUUGGCACCACCAAGUCAAAGUGGAGGAUCAUACUCUUUUGAUAAUUUUGGGAAGUCAUUGUUAGAAGAUCCAGUCAUGAUCAGAGAUGCAGAAGAAAAAGUAGAUGAGCACGAAGACUGUUUUGAGCAUGGUACAGAUAUUUUCACCUGUGUCGAAUGUAGCAUAUACUUCAAAAAACAGGUCCACCUGAAGGAGCACAUGAUUGAACACUGUCAAACAGGUGAAGAAGGUUCAGAAUGUUUUCAGUGUACUGAGUGCGGAUGGGACCUGCCUGAUUCUGUCGUACUAGCCGACCACCAAAAACGGCACCAGGAAUCUCGUGUGAAGAUCCUGUCAGAAAUUGAGAAGCUGAAUGAAAAUGAAAAUGCAAAAGAGAGACUACAAACUAAGGUCGUAAAGCAGGAAAGCCUGAAAAAUAUGCGUCCAGUUCCUACUCCAGGGAAAGUGUCAGACACUUGUCCACCUUUAUACCAGGCUCCAAUGUCAACAUCAGAUGAGGACCAAGUGGCUCUCGAAUCAAACACACCUCAAAGUUCUCCAGGUUCUUUUGGAACCACAUUCCAGCCCCGAGCUGUUUUGUACCGUCGCCGCUUUGUGUGCACGCAAUGUAACUUCACCACAAGAACCUCCCAGGCGCUUGCUAAUCACACCAAGACACACAUGAGAAAAAAAACAACUUUAGUCUUUAAACCCAACUCCUCCUCUCCUGAUCCCCCGUCAUGUUCAUCUCCUCUUUGCUCAAGUCAAGUCAUCACAAAGAGACAGAGGAAACAGGCCCACUCAGGACCGGACUCCAUCUGUAGGGCACAGGGUGGUUCUGAGUUCAGCCAUUCGUCUCAUGAUUGUGCUUCUAGCGCCACUGUGGAUUCCAACUGUGUCUCUGACUCUAUAUCCCUGCCCAACUCAUGUCAAACCAAAGGCUGUCAAGGAAUUGAGAUCUCAGAGAAUGAUGCGGCAAUCCAGGUAGUCGUCGGAUAUAAUAGGAACAGGAGGUUCAGUAGGAGAGCAAGGUUUGGGUCCAGACCAAAUGAAGAGGAACUUCCAGGGAGUGAGGGGGAACAGGACGAAAACCCAGAGAAUGACCCUGAGAAGGUGGUAGUGAAAGGGCGCACCAGAGCUGGAUCUGACCCAGAUGAGUGUUCAGAGAACCUGAAUGCUGCAUUAUCUGAGAUGAGGAAUAGUUUAAAGGAGAAAAAUGGGAAAGAAGAGGAGAUUGGUAAUCAAGUUUUUGUUUUAAGGAGAAGCAACCGGAUUACUGCUACUAUUGCAGAAAUUGAGAGUGAUGAUGGUGAUGACGACGACAUUGAUGAUGAGCGUGUGCGGCAUUUCCUGUCUGGGAACAACUUGGAUGACGUCGAAGAUGAGAUUGAUGAGGUCUCCGAGGCUCUGAAGAGCGUGGAGAGGAAAUGCCCCUACUGCCCCGAUCGAUUCCAUAAUGGCAUUGGCCUCGCCAAUCACGUGAGGGGGCACCUGAACCGGGUGGGCGUCAGCUACAAUGUGCGCCACUUCAUAUCCCCAGAGGAGGUCAAAGCUAUUGAGAAGCGGUUUUCCUAUCAGAAGAAGAAGAAAAAAGUGGCCAAUUUUGAUCCAUCCACGUUCAGUGUAAUGCACUGCGAGUUCUGUAGCGCUGGCUUUGACACUCGUGCCGGCCUGUCUAGCCAUGCCCGGGCGCAUCUCCGAGACUUUGGCAUCACUAACUGGGAUGUUACCAUCUCCCCGAUCCACAUCCUAAGAAAAUUGUUCUCCAGCAGACCGGACCUUGUAAUCCCCACAGCUCCCCCACGGAGCCAUAUCUCCGUUCAGGAAGAGGAAGAAGAAGAAGAAGAAGAGGAAGAUGGGAUCAUUGAGGUCAAGUUGGAGGGGGAGACAGGUGAGAGGAGGAUAGAUGCUGCUUCUCCUGUUUCUCUACCUUCUGCAUCUCCUGGACCUUUGAAUGAGGAGGAGGAUGUAAAUGAAGGUGACGGAGAGGCUGAAGAAGACGUUGAGCCUGAACACUUGGCUGUUGAUGGUCUCAGCUCGAGCCCAAAGAAAACACGGCUGCUGAGUGUAGAUGAGGAUUGCUUAUCUUCAGGGGAGAAUGAAGAACCCAAAGUUCAUGGCUUGAAGUGUGAAUUGUGUGGCGCUCAAUUUGAGACCAGGCUUAAGUUGUCCAGCCAUGCCCGCUCUCACUUGAGGCAGCGGGAAUUCAGUGUUUUUGAGAGCGGUGCUGCAUCCAUUGACCUCCACUGCCAAACUGCAAAGGAGCAUAACCUAGACAGCCAAAUAAGCUCACCUCACCUGGAGCCUCACUCAGCUAAGAGUUCCUCUCUGUUUGACUCAGAGAACCAUAAGGACAAAGGACAUGAGGAAGGAGAAGACUUGGAUGAGAAACCGAUAUCCCUUUCCAUAUUGACCAAAGCAGUUAAAGCAAUGACAUCCCCUUCCUGCUCUACACCUACUUCUUCUCCUGGUCACUCUCCCAUUCUGGCUCGUGCAUGCUCUCCAUCUUCAGUAGUGAGGAAAGCCCCUAUUUCCUCUUUACUGCCAGCCUCUUCCCCCUUGCGCUCCAUAGAGCACAAGACCGGGGGGAUGAAAAGCUUGACCUCAAACCUCUUAACUUCCACCACCAUUUCACCAUCCAAACCAAUCUGGGCCCCACACGAAAAUGAUGCUCCUCUCAACCUCACCCUUGAGGUGGAGCCCAGCAAGGACAUAGUUUGUCAGCUGUGUGGUGCCUGGUUUGAAACUCGCAAAGGCUUGUCCAGCCAUGCCCGGGCCCACCUACGGCACUUUGGGGUGGAGUACUCUGAAUCUAAAGGCUCUCCUAUCACCCUCCUGAAUCAGCUCAUGGACUCUGAUGACUUCAAGCACAAAGCCAGUGAAUUCCAGCUUGACACUGAUUCCCGAGGUAUUCCUACCAUGCUGUCCUCCCCAAAGAAGGCAAUGCUCCCGUCUUCCUCUCCAUCCCUACUGUAUAAGGUGACAACAGCGGGAGGCGGGUCAAACUCCAAAGCUACCUCUCCCUCAUCCUUUGGCCCGCCGGCCAAGCGUCUCAAAUCAUCUUCCAUGCAGGUCUUCCGCCUGAGCAGUGGCGAGCUCAUGGCCCUUCCACACAGUGAACCUACAAAGGAAAUAGGCUGUGAAUUCUGUGGGGAAUAUUUUGAGAACCGUAAGGGACUGUCCAGCCAUGCUCGCUCCCACUUGCGUCAAAUGGGUAUUACUGAGUGGUCGGUCAACGGUUCCCCAAUCGACACCCUAAGGGAAAUCAUCUCAAGACGUGGCUUGCCUUGCGCCCGUCCUCUAAAACCUCGCAAAACUUCCCCUCCAUCCUCUUCUGGACACCCUCAAUCCCCUCUCUCGACCUGCUCUUCGCCAUCGGCCCUCCUCAGCCGCCUAACUUUCCCCUGCUCCUCCAGUCCUCCUCAGCCCCCAGGUUCUAAGUCAAACUCAACUCCACCAAUGUCCUCCAGCGGGCUGAUCCUUAAGCUGAAGCCUGAACCAAUGCAGCUGGAGGUCACGACUCCUGAAGCAGUGAACAGUUUCUCAGCUGAUCCUCUCAGCUCCAGCUGGCGCGUCUCUGACAGUGCGUUACCCCUCAACUUGGCCAUGUCUCGUGAGGUGGAGCCUACAAGAGAUAUUCGCUGUGAGUUCUGUGGGGAGUAUUUUGAGAACCGCAAAGGUCUUUCUAGUCAUGCUCGAUCCCACCUGCGCCAAAUGGGCAUUACUGAGUGGACGGUCAAUGGGUCGCCCAUUGACACCCUAAGGGAUAUUAUGCACAAGAGAGGGUUAAGUGUGUCCUCUCAGUCUGAGGGAGUGAAGAAGGAGGUUGUCAAAAGUCCAUCAUGGGGGAACACAAUCAAAGGUUCAGAGGGUUUGUGUAUCUCUGGCUUCCAGUCAUCCAAACUGUAUAAAUCCCCUCUUAGUAUGCUAUCAUCAGGGUCCAGGCUUUCUAAGCAAGCCCUAAGCUCUGUGGGACCGUUAUCUAUCCCAACCUCACCGAAGAUUGUCAGGAUCUACCCACUAGGAAAACAGUCAGAAGAAGCAGAGCCUAUGGAUACUUCCAAUACAGUACAGCAUCAACGUAAGACUUUUUCACCACUGCCACACGACUUCCCUUUGAGAAAAAAACCUUCCCCUGACAAGUACGUCCGUAAGGAUCCCAGCUGUGAGCUGUGUGGCUUCUACUUUGAGAACCGCAAGGCACUAGCGAGCCAUGCACGAGCCCACCUGAGGCAGUUUGGGGUGACUGAGUGGUGUGUAAACGGAUCCCCCAUUGAGACACUGAGUGCAUGGAUUCACAGCAGGCCACAGAAGGUGUUGGAAAUGCAUCGUAGCUACAUGCAGGGUAACCGCCCCACCUCCAAAAGGAAGAGCAGCUCACCUCUCCCUGCAUCGACAGAUUCAGAUCAUAGCUUCCCCUUCUCCUCACAAAAGGCCUCCUCUUCAUCAUCUUCAUCCUUCUCCCAAUGGUCUUCUGCUUUGGCGGUGAACCUGGUGCGCCCGCUGAGCCGUGAUCUAAGCCAGCGCUCCGUCAAGGCUUCACAGGAUGAAGCAGGUCCUAACCCUCGGGGCCCUCACAUCAGGCCUAACAGCAGCAGUCCCAGCCCCUCGCAGCUUGUCAGUAGCCUCCCAGUUCAAGCACAGGUGGCUCGCAGUGAACUCAAUGUUCGUCUGCCAAGAGGUUUUGAGCGUCGGCCCCUGAAGCACCCAUCCAGCGUCGAGGGAACUGAGAGGGACAGUGGCCCCCCAAAGCCCCUACGCACAAGCACAGUCCCUGCUUUAGUGCCAAAGCCACCCGCCUACCCCCUGGUUAAGCUGGUGGGCAAGUUCUACACCCUGAAGUGCCGAUUCUGCGAGGUGGAGUUCCACGGUCCGCUCUCGGUGCAAGAGGACUGGAUCAGGCACCUCCAGCAACACAUUCUCAAGAUGAACUACAGCAAGCCUGUUGAAUCCAAAGCAGCCUGUGCUGAAGUUGCGGCCGAUGAUCCGGCCCCAGUCCACCAGGCCUCCGCCGCCAGCACCUCCUCAACGACCUCCCUCACCCCCACCAUGACUUGCUCCCUCGCUGCCAACAGCCACUCACCUGAGCCUCCAGCAGAACUUGCUCCUAGUAUCACUGAGAUAGUCAAGAUCUCAGAGGAAUUGCUCACCCCAGCUCCCAUUCCCCUCCCUGCCCAGGUCGUGUAAGCUCAUCUCUCACUACCUUGCUCCCCCUCCCCUCUUCUUUUAUUAUUUUCCUGCCUUUUUAGUUUAUUUUAGUCCAUCUGUCUGUUUCCUUUGGAGGGAACACUCUCCUUCAACAUUUGGUGAAGGCCAAAGAGCCCUCUGAGCCACGAGCACCUUUUGAAGCAGCUUUUUAGACUGUUACAAAGUCUUGUUACCAUGGGAACGAAACUCUCCUGGCUUAAGGGCGAUUUGCAGCCAAGGUUGUACGGCGAGAUGAACUACUGUUAUGCCUUGUUUAUAUCGAAUGUCCAGGUGUUGACGUGGACCAUUGCUGUACCCCAGCACCCAUUUAUCGGGUGGCUUAAGAGUUUAAUGCACCUCUUAUCACGCUCCGGCUCUCUUAUUCUUAUACACUUUGUGCCACCUGGAUGGUCAGAACCAUUUCUACCAGCACACUCUUACAGAGAGCGUGCUGGCAGCACUGGUCUCACUCAAAGAUCCUGACUGAAACUAGAGAGAGAUUUCUUAAUCCAGUGAGUCUUGCAAUGGAGACUUUAAACACACCUUAACACUUAGUGUUAAAACAUACAUGGCACUUUUGACAUUGACACUGAGCACUUAUGAAAAUAAUUUGAUCGGGUGAAAUUGUGAAUAAUGUAUCUUUGUUUAAAGGAGCAAGAAGUGGAAGCACACCCAAAAAGGGAAAUCAACUCAAUAUAAUACGGACCCCAAAAUAUAGAUUUUGCUUGAAUGUAGCAUAAAGCACUUGUCCAUACCUUUUUUUUAUAUACACAAAUUUAUUACUCAAAAAUAUGUCCCAUGUUAAACCACUGAUAUUCCACUGCUGCUGUGCAGAUUUUUGUCAUUAUGCCCCUAUAGAUUUGGGGGCCUUAUAAAAAACAAUCCAUUACAUAUUGGUUACACAUUUUUAAAGUUAACCCUUCAUUCACAGUGUUACCGUCUUCUUCUUGCCUUUUUUAAUAUAACCCAAAUAAUUAUUUAUUUAUUAUGCGCCUGAAUGUGGCAAGCUAGCUCAUUGUAAAAGCUUAAGUAGAAUUUUAGAUUGUUUGGUAAACUGUACACAUUUACACGAGUGCAGUGUGUGUGUGUGUGUGUGUGUGUGUGUGUGUGUGUGCGUGUGUGCGUGUGCGUGCGCGCGUGUGUGCGCGUGCUUGUGUGUGUAUUCAUACACUGACCAGCCACAAUGUUAGGUACAGUACACCUGCACAAUCUACUGAGAUCCAAGACAAAAAGACAAAAGCCUUAUUGUAGCCUAAUUGUAAUAAUGCUCUAUUUUGAAUGACAUACCAUAAUUUGUAUUAAUGUAGUUGUAGAUUGAAGUGUUGUCAAACUACAUUUGCUGUUGAGCUGUGUCUAAUAUUUUGAAUUUCAUUUACUGUAGCUAACCAAGAUAGCCCGAAUAUUAGGGACAGCUCUCAGUAUGAUGCAGUACAGUUGUUAAUAACAGCAAACUACGGUGGCAAUAAUGUGUGUGUGUGUGUGCAUAUAUAUAUAUAUGUGUGUAUAUAUAUAUAUAUAUAUAUAUAUACACACACACACACACACACAUAUGCGGUACGGAAGAUGAAUGAAUAUAUAUAUAUAAACACACACAGUGGGGCCAAAAAGUAUUUAGUCAGCCACCAAUUGUGCAAGUUCUCCCAUUGAAAAAGAUGAGAGAGGCCUGUAAUUUCCAUCAUAGGUAUACGUCAUCUAUGAGAGACAAAAUAAUUUAAAAAAAAAUCCAGAAAAUCACAUUGUCUGAUUUUUAAAGAAUUUAUGAGCAAAUUAUGGUAGAAAAUAAGUAUUUGGUCACCUACAAACAAGCAAGAUUUCUGGCUGUCACAGACCUGUAACUUCUUCUUUAAGAGGCUCCGCUGUCCUUCACUCAUUACCUGUAUUAAUGGCACCUGUUUGAACUCGUUAUCAGUAUAAAAGACACCUGUCAACAACCUUAAACAGUCAGACUCCGAACUCCACUAUGGCCAAGACCAAAGAGCUGUCAAAGGACACCAGAAACAAAAUUGUAGACCUGCACCAGGCUGGGAAAACUGAAUCUGCAAUAGAUAACCAGCUUGGUGUGAAGAAAUCAACUGUGGGAGCAAUUAUUAGAAAAUGGAAGAGAUACAAGACCACUGAUAAUCUCCCUCGAUCUGGGGCUCCACGCAAGGUCUCAACCCGUGGGGUCAUAAUGAUCACAAGAACGGUGAGCAAAAAUCCCAGAACCACACAGGGGGACCUAGUAAAUGACCUCCAGAGAGCUGGGACCAAAGUAACAAAGGCUACCAUCAGUAACACAGUACGCCGCCAGGGACUCAAAUCCUGCAGUGCCAGACGUGUCCCCCUGCUUAAGCCAGUACCUGUCCAGGGCCGUCUGAAGUUUGUUAGAGACCAUUUGGAUGAUCCAGAAGAGGAUUGAGAGAAUGUCAUAUGGUCAGAUGAAACCAAAAUACAACUUUUUGGUAAAAACUCAACAUGUCGUGUUUGGUGGAGAAAUAAUGCUGAGUUGCAUCCAAAGAACGCCAUACCUUCUGUGAAGCAUGGGGGUGGAAACAUCGUGCUAUGGGGCUGUUUUUCUGCAAAGGGACCAGGAUGACUGAUCCGUGUAAAGGAAAGAAUGAAUGGGGCCGUGUAUCGUGAGAUUUUGAGUGAAAACCUCCUUCCAUCAGCAAGGGCAUUGAAGAUGAAACAUGGCUCGGUCUUUCAGCAUGACAAUGAUCCCAAACAAACCGCCCGGGUAAUGAAGGAGUGCCUUCGUAAGAAGCAUUUCAAGGUCCUGGAGUGGCCUAGCCAGUCUCCAGAUCUCAACCCCAUAGAAAAUCUUUGGAGUGAGUUGAAAGUCAGUGUUGCCCAGCAACAGCCCCAAAACAUCACUGCUCUAGAGGAGACCUGCAUGGAGGAAUGGGCCAAAAUGCCAACAACAGUGUGUGAAAACCUUGUGAAGACUUACAGAAAACAUUUGACCUCUGUCAUUGCCAACAAAGGGUAUAUAACAAAGUAUUGAGAUGUACUUUUGUUAUUGACCAAAUACUUUUCCACCGUAAUUUGCUAAUAAAUUCUCUAAAAAAAUCAGACAAUGUGAUUUUCUAGAUUUAUAGAGUUAUACCUAUGAUGACUAUUACAGGCCUCUCUCAUCUUUUUCAGUGGGAGAACUUGCACAUUUGGUGGCUGACUAAAUACUGUUUUGCCCCACUGUGUGUGUGUGUGUAUGUAUAUAUAUAUAUAUAGUUGACCUAAAACCAUUCUGAUGGUGUCAAUCUAAAGUGUUGUUUUUUUUUAAGUCAGCAUAUUUGAUACACCUCCUUUAUUGGCUCUCUUUAGAUCGUGCGGCUGGUUACAAUGCUGUGGCCAGUUGGUGAACAUUAAAAAUUAGCUUUUGUUUUUAAUGAAAAAAUUACAGAAGUAAAACUGCUUGAUCGGACAUCUUUGUGACUUAUGUGGCCUCCUGAUUGUAUGUCGUGUGAUCAGGACGUACAGUAUAUACAUUGGCGUUUUGGUUGUGCCAAAGAGUCUGUUUACUUCCUUGUCUUGCCUCUGUAAAAGGUGUUUGCAUUAGACCUGAAGACGGAAGAAGUAUUAGAGUUCCACGAGGCUCCUCACCGAAUAAUGGACUGAACAGCGGUGACCCGCAUCCGACUUACAUGCAGCCUACCGGCUUCUUCGUUUGAAGGACGCAGCCUCCUAGUGAGACACCAUGGGAUUCAUGUUAACAGGAGACGAUUCCAGUUCAAACAUGAACAUAAACCAAACUUCAUUCCAAGCCAGAGCUCUGGAGAACUCUCAGCUCACAGUCCAAACAGAAAUUCGUCCAACUUUGGGCUGUAGUCCUUCAAAGUUGCUUCAGUGUGCUUAUAUCAAUGCAAAACUGAAGCAUAAACAUAAGUAGGCUGAAACUUUUAAAGUUCGUUCCAGUGUUGCCCAUGUUAAACAGGACUGUUUGCUUCAAACGAUCCCCUUCCCUGUGUAUGGAAUAUAGAUACACACUAUAUAACUCCAUGUACUUAAGAAGUUGUUGACACUAGUAGAGCUCUUAGCAGUUUUUUGCUGAACAAAAAUUUAAACGAACACUUGUUUUUUUCUCCCAUUUUUCAUGAGCUGAACUCUUAAAAUCUUUUGAGAUCAGCUCAUGAAAAAAGAGAGCAAAAACAAAAGUGUUGCGUUUGUUUUUGUUCCCUAUGUUAGCCAAGUAGUUGAAAAAAGAAGUGAUCUUACUUCCUUCAUUGUGAUUUAAUUUCAGCCUCUAGUUCUAUGUAUAUUCUUUCCCUGUGCAUUUUCUGUACUUGCAGUCCUGCAAAGUGAAUCUUAGAACAUUUCUAAAUUUUUAAUCUGUUAGUCGCAGCAACUGUUGGUGCUGGUCAGAAUGUCGCUGUGUGAUUGAAGGUGAGGAAAACUUUUUAUUUUUAUUUUACCGUGGAUCAAUGCAACCACAGAAGCUUUUAAAUGGGACUACUUUGCACUCUGCGUCACUGUGUGAGCCUUAGUGUUCCCCUUUAAAAAACAAAAAAGAUGUGUGUACAAACAGACAAAAGAGAUAACAGUGACAGCAGAAGAUAAAAAAGAUUUUUGAGGGAGAAAACAACUGUACUGUACAGUUUUAGGUGAAUCAACUCCAGAACAAAACAAUAAAUGUGAUUUCCGUUUCAGACAAUGAA